AUGGCACGAAUCGCAGCCACCGAAGAUAACCGGUCGGUGACAAUCUGCCAAUGGCGAGCACUGCAAGAGAACACUUCAGAACCCAUACACCUACUAUCUUUGAUUGAGCGAGCACAAAACGAUACAUCACACGCAUGGAUCUCUUUGGCGACAGCCGAGCAAAUAAUCCAGCAAUGGGAACGUAUCAAGUCCCUCCGCACACAGGGUAAACAGCUCCCCCUUUUUGGCGUUCCGUUCGCUGUAAAGGACAACAUCGAUGUAGCAGGUUUCUACACAACAGCAGCUUGUCCAUCAUUUGCUACAGAAAUGGCCGCAACUGACGCAACUGUCGUGGCUCGGCUUAAGGAGCAGGGCGCUAUUGUGGUGGGAAAGACAAAUCUUGAUCAGUUUGCCACAGGGCUCAGUGGCACCCGCUCACCAUACGGAGUAGUUCAGAAUCCAUUUGAUCCAGAUCGUGUGAGUGGCGGGAGUAGCUCUGGGAGUGGUGUGGUUGUCAGUCAAGGCACAGUGCCGUUUGCGCUAGGAACCGACACGGCCGGCUCGGGCAGAGUCCCUGCUGGAUUGAAUAAUGUGAUCGGCCUCAAGCCCACCCGAGGAGCCUUGAGUACACAAGGCGUACUACCAGCCUGUCGCACAUUAGACUGCGUGUCCAUAUUUGCCUUGACGUUGGAGGACGCCGCCCUGGUCUUACAACUGGCAGAAGGACCCGACGAUGGAGACGCUUACUCCAGGGUUCGAGCGGACUGUGCCACGCAGAAUAUCUCGCGAGGUAUGCUCCCGUCUCAACCUAUCUUGGCGAUCUGUUCGAGUGCGGAUUGGUUCGGUUGCUCAAAGCAAGCCUCGGCCUAUGCUGCAGCCCUGGCAAAGGCACAGCGACUGGGGUGGAAAUUGGAACCUGUCGAUUUCACGCCACUCUUCAAAUUAGCCACCCUGUUAUAUGAGGGGCCGUGGGUCGCAGAGCGAUACGCUGCUAUCGAAGAAUUCAUUCGUACCGCACCUGCCGAGGCUAUGAAUCCAGUCGUCCGAGACAUCAUACUUAAAGCCGAAAAGUUCUCAGCCGUGGAUGUGUUCCAGAACGAGUACUACCGACAGAAACUCUCACGCUAUAUUGAAAGUGUCUUCCGGAAAUUUGAAGCAAUCUUGGUGCCUACAACCCCCACUUUUCCCACGAUUCAGAUGCUGGAAGACGAGCCAGUUCUGGCCAACAGCCGGCUCGGCACAUACACGAACUUUGUGAACUUCAUGGACUGGUCCGCAGUGGCAAUCCCAGCUGGCUUUCGAGAUGAUGGUUUACCAUUCGGUAUCACAUUGAUAGCCGGCGCAUGGGAAGAAUCGCGGUUGUUCAAACUGGGGUGCAAAUGGCUCUCAGCCGGUCCACGUUUGUUGGGAGCCACUGGUUUAGAGUUUCAAGAGUCCUUAUUCGCAAUACCUUCCACCACCGACUCUAUGAAGCUGGCUGUAGUUGGAGCCCAUCUUUCUGGCUUUCCGCUUAACGAGGACUUGCUGUUACGGGACGCGGGUCUCCUCCAAACAACCCUCACAUCCCCUUCGUACCAGCUAUUUGCGCUACAAGCAGGGCCGUCCGUGCGGAAACCUGGACUCAAACGAGUCGCUGAUGGAGGUAAGUCGAUUGAGGUAGAAAUUUGGAACAUGCCACUCAACAACAUGGGAAGUUUCCUGAACACCAUCAAAUCUCCACUGGGAAUUGGUUCAAUUGAGCUUCAGGAUGGAAGCUGGGUGCACGGGUUUAUUUGUGAACCUCACGGUCUUGGGGAUGCCACAGAUAUCACAAGUUUCGGCGGGUGGAGAGGUUAUACACAAUCGCUAACCGGUUCCACCACCACUUCAUAG